AUGGCCAUCUCUACCAAGACAAAGACAGCCAGCAAAAAAAGCGGCAUUCUCUACAAAAUCACACAGCAGAUGACCAUCCGUCUGAAGGGGCAUUGCUCCCAAGACAAGAAGUCAAUCAAGCCGUCAGAGACAAAAAACAUGUCCCAGCUGUACCAACUUCCCUGGAUUCCUGAACCUGAGGAGGAGGUUGUGGACAUGGCAGAACAGCGUGUCCUGCGCCGCAACGCGGUGCAGGCCGUGACAUCAUCGCUGCAGCAGUGUCAAGGCACUGAAUCGUUUGCUCGUGAGGGCUCCAGUCUGGAUCUCUACCCGGUGCAGCCUCACGUGCAGACACGGAGCAGUCGUCCAUCUCAGGCGACGCUCCAGGGUCGCCGGCCUCGGUCUUCACACCAGGUCGUGCCUUCCCACAACACAUCUUCCACGGCUACCCGCCGGUAUUCUUGGUCACCGGCGUGGUCAUUCGAGGUGCAGCCACUCUUUGCACCGCCUCAGUCUCAUCACGCCCAGUUUUCCUCGCCAUACGAUGCAGCUGCACAAAGUCUAAGCAGCAGCGUGGCAUAUGAGGAGACGGCACCAGAGCCUGACAGCGAUACUGAGUCAGACUUUGGAGAUGACGAUAAGGAGGAGGAUGAGGAUGAGGAUGAUGACGAGAUCUAUCUCGCCCAUCCAGCUUGGAAAUAA